AUGGCCGAGUCAAGUACAAGAACGGAAUACAACACCCGGUUGGAAGAUGUGCGGGUGGAAAUGAAUAGCACUUUUCGUGUUAUAAUUGACGAAUUACAAAACCAAGUAAAAGUAUUAUCAAUAGCUCUAAAAGAGCAAUCAAUAAAGUAUCAUGAAGUAGAACAGCAAAUGGAAACCACUAUUCAUGAAAAGUCAGAGGUGGAACUACUUUAUAAGGACGUAACUUUGCGUUUCGAGCAAGCCGAGGAAGCGAUUCGUAACCACCAUCAAGAUUUGCUUGAACUACGGAAAAGACUACAAGAUAAGGAUCACCAAAUCGAGACCCUCAGUGGCGAAAAAACCAAAUACAUUGAAACAUGCACAGAAGCACAAGGCAGAAUAGCAAAGUUAGAAGCAGAGAUUACCCAAGCUCUUUUGAGCAAGAACAAAGCCGAGCGCCAGGUUGAAGAUUUCAAAACAAAUCUAGAACAAGAAAAAGCGCAGCGCGAACGUCAAUUAGAGUUCAUGACCAAGAUCCAGCAGUCAUACAAAGAGAAAUGCGAAGAGUUAGAAAAAUUAGGAAAAGAGAAUGCUGAAAUUCGUAAACGUGCCACGGACGCUGAACGUGAAGUAAUGCAAAUACGCGCAAAUUUGGCCGAAAAGGAUCGGGAACUAAAGGCUACUAGCGCUGCUCAGAGUGAAGACAUGGCGUCAUUGAAACGACAAAAUACUAUUCUUGAAAGUGAACUGGCAAGAGUCAAAAGUCGUAACGAGCGUCUCGAAGAGCAGACAGAGAGUGAUCGUAAUGAUUUUGAGGAUUUGAUGAAGGAACUCGAGCACCUUAAACAAGACGUUGCCGAGAAAGAAUUAGCUAAUGAAGCUUCUCACGUACAGUUACAGACGCAACUCGAACAAUCUCGGAAAGACUUGGAGCAGGAGAAAGAGGUCAAUUCGCGUUUACGUGCUGAACUGGAUCAGGCUAACCAGAAUCUUGUACUUGGUAUGAACAUUUCCUCGACUACGGCUGCUUACGAUUCUCUGAAACAACUUGGAUUUUCGACUGUUGUUGACCUUAUGCGAGCUUACUCGAAUAUGGAAGGGAAACUAGCCGAAUCCUCUCAGCGUACCGCCGAGCUUGAUUCGACGCUACAACGGGUUCUUGCUGAUCUUAAAGCAUACAAGCCCGCUCUGGAUAGCCGUCAAGAACAAUUGGAACGAGCUAUUAAUGAUAAUACACAAUUAAAUGAAGAGCUGCGCAAUGUACAAAAGGCCUUAAGGCUCGCUCACGAUAAAGUUUUUACAUAUGAAACAAAGAUCGAAGAGUUGACACGAGAAGUGAAAAGACUAAAGACCGAGAAGCAGGAAAGUGUGGAGACCACUUUAUCCUUAUUACAACAGAUACAGAGUCAAGGUGGUACUGGCACGUCUUCAACAAUGCAUAUGGGAGAAGUCACAACCUCUGAAGCAUUCGAAACAAUAUUUGAGAAAAAUCUGCAGUUGAAAUCAGAAAACGAGAAUCUCUUAGAACGUAUAAAAACAUUGGAAAAUGAGGUCCAAUCUGUUCGGAAUGCAAUUAACGAAAACACCGUGCUUCAAGCACAAUGUGAGCGGCUCAAGGCAGAACUAAGCACCCUUCGUUCGCAAUCGCCACAAGGUGUUACAUCACAAGAACUGCAGUCUGUUGAAACACCUUUACCCUCAGCAGCUCCUUCUCAAUCUCUUCAAACUUACAAGAUUGCUUAUGUCACAACUAAGCAACAGCUUCGUGAUGUAAUCGCAGAGCGCGACAAGUUGGAUCAAAAAGUCCAUGCGCUUAUGGACGAGAAGAAUCGUGUUCCUAUGCUUCAAUUUGAGAUUGAACACUUGAAGAAGCAAUUGGUGACUCAAACCGAGCAGUCUACGCGAGAUGUUGAGUGGCAUCAAAAGCGAUUUAGUGAGAUGGAAGCCAUCGCUAACGAACACAAGGCCACUGUUAAGCGGCUAACCGAUGCUGAAAACCUGUUGCGUACCGAAAAUCAAGAACUGCAUAAACAGCUCAAUAAUUUGCAAUCCGUCUUAUUUGAACGCGCGCCACGCAGAGAAGAUCUGCAAAGUGCACUUGAUCAAGCAAAAGCAGAUAUUACUAUCGCCAAUAACAAGAUAGCAUCACUCGAACAACAGAACCAAGAGCUCUCUACGAAGGGUCAGUCACUUGAAGAGAAGUUGCGUCUUACUUCUGAUAAACUUGAUGUCGCUCUCGUUCUACAAGAAGAGCUUAAGGCUAAGGCUCGUGAAGAACCCGAAAGAUUGAACAAGAAAUUAUAUGAACAAGAAACGCGGAUAAAUCAGGUCUUACAAAAAGAAACUGAACUUCAACAAAAGCUUGAUGCAUCACAGUUGACUAUAACCGAACUUCAACGGGAGAAGAGCGAAUUGCAGCAAACCAUCAAGACGCUGGGAGAUACGAUCUCGGACUAUUCCUUCAAGGUCCAGCAAUAUGAAGCAAGUGAUCAAGGACGCAACAUUGCUGUAUUGCAAGAGCGUCUCAACAAAGCGCGUGGUCACAUUGAGCGGGCAAAUCAAAGUGUUGAAACAUGGCAAGCUACCGCUAAAGAAAAAGAACUUCAAGCCGAAGCUGCAUGCAAACAGCGCGACGAAGUGCAAGCCAAAUACGAGACCGUUUCGGCAGAGUUGUCGCAAAAGAUUACCGAAGCUGAUACUCUAAAGUCGAGCGUCGAGCGAUUGCAGGCGGAACUGAAUGCAAAGUCGGAAGAGCUUAAUAAUGAUCGUAAUAAAUGGACAUUGCAAGAACAGGAUAUGAACCAAGCGCUUGAGAAUUCUCGACAACAAGAGACACGACUUCUGGAAGAGCUUGAACAAUAUAAAAAUCAAUUGCGUGCAGUGGAGGAGAGCAAGCAGGCGGUGCAGCUUGAACAUGCAAGCGCAGUGCAGCAGGGUCAUGAAUUAGCCAACAAGUGUUCGCAAUUGGAACAACAAUUGGAACAACUGCAGGCCCAGUCACGUGUUGAUACUGAACGAUGGAACAAUAACAAAGUCGCACUCGAACAGCAGAUGGCAUUAUUAAAACAGCAAUAUCAGGCAUUGAAAUCAGAAGCUGAGUUGCUGCACAAAUCACUUCAAGAUGCUCAAACCAGCACGACAGCUGAAAGUGAAACACCAAACGUUUUGGUACAGCUAACUGACCAUUUGCGCCGGGAACACGAUGCAGCUAACGAAAGGAUUAUUGAUCUCAAUUUGGAGCUCGAGCGACACAAAGCUCAGUACGACUCUCUCCAGGAGCGGUAUGAAGCGCUGAGAAAGUACAAUGAGGAUCGUGAAAAUAUGUUUGUGAAAGUAGAAACUGAUCUUCAGUCAGUAAACGAGCGAUAUGCGGAGGCGGAGAGAAAAUUACACGAGUUAACUGUUCAGCACGAAAAUGCAGUAACCACCCUGAACGAGGUGCGUGAGACAGCCAAAGAGAAAGAUGCGGAAAAACAUCGUAUUGAGCAAGCGAUUGAGUCUGUUCGACUUGACCUUAAUAUUGCCAAGGAGGAACUGCGUGUGGCAAACGAACAGAAAGAUGCGUACAAGGCUCGAUUGCAAAGUCUGUUAGCUACCGGCAAAGUGACAGAUCCAGCGGAAGUUGAAAAACUAAGGACAGAUCUCAAGGCGGUGACCGAGGAGCGUGAUAAAUAUCGAACUGCGUACGGAAAUCAUCGUGAGCAGAUGAAGACGUUUGGACCCCAGUUCAAACAAGCACGUCAAGAUAAGGCUAAAGCAGUUCAAGAACGAGAUGAGGCGAUGAAAAAAGUUGAGGAAUUAGAAAAACGAGCUACUGCUGCUGAGAAUAAAGUCAAGAACUUUGAGAAAUUAUACAAGGCUUAUGAAGCUCUUAAAAAUCGGCAUGAAAAGAUCAACUCUGAAAACACCGAUCUAAAGACCCGUCUCGAAAAAGAAAAUGCGGAGAAUACUAGUCUUAAAAAUCGCCUUGAGAAUACAGAGGCUAGACAAGCAACCGGGCAAGUCAAGAACGAAACGCCUGCGCCGGAAAUAGCAGAAUACAUGGUUAAGAUUGAUGAGCUUGUUAAGAAAGGAAAUUGGCAGGACCUAGAGAAGAAAUACAAUGAAUUGAAUAAGGAGAUUGAAGCACUUAGAGAUGAAAAUGAUAAACUCAAGGAAGACGAAUCUAAUAAAAGCAAAGAACAAUUACUAUUGGAAAACGCACGUUUAGAAACAGCCAACGAAACACUGCUGCGAGAGAAUGCAAGGAAAUCGAUGCUAGAAUUCAAGUUGCGCUCUGCACAAACAGAACUGAGCGCUGUAAAGGCUGAGUUGGAGUUUGUUCGACGAUCGUCGAAAGGUCGGGGCGAUAGCGUUGGUUCACAUUUGUCCUAA